AUGGCGUGCUAUUAUAUCGUCAUCAGUUCUACUCACCUCAGCAACGGCCACUUCAGGAACAUCAAGGGAGUUUUCCGCGGCCCCCUCGGCAAGAAUGGCAACAAGAACUUGGACUACGCGGAGAAGGAGAGGACGACGACCAUGGCCAAAGCCUUGGAGGACCCGAAGGCCAACUUCUACUGUGAUCUGUGUGACAAGCAGUACUGCAAGCACCAGGAGUUUGACAACCACAUUAACUCCUAUGACCAUGCUCACAAACAGCGGCUGAAGGAGCUGAAGCAGAGAGAGUUUGCUCGAAACGUGGCCUCUAAAACCAGGAAAGAUGAGAGGAAACAGGAGAGAGCACUUCAGAGGUUACAUGAGCUGGCCGAACAACGCAGAGAGGUCCAAUGCGCUCCAGGCAGUGGCCCCAAGUUCAAGUCUACUACUGUAGCGGUGGACGCCAGUUGCAGAGAGAGCUGUACCGACGGACUGUCAGAAGAGAGCCACAACUCCACAGUGCUGGAAACAGGGACCCACAACCGUACCACAGGCACCAGCACUGGCCUGGCCUCCAACAGCAAGACCCAGCAGACACUGUACUGGCCCUACAACGGCAAGGCCAAGAAACAAACUUACAAAAGGCACAAAAUCGCCUUCUCAUUCUCCUUCCCGAAGAAAGCGUCAGUGAAGCUGGAAUCUGCAGCGGCGGUGUUCUACGAGAACACAGAGGAGGGUUCCAAAGAACGUAUCGGAACACAGAGGAGGAAGCUCAGAAUUCCCCUCGUUGAGUUGAACAUCCCUGUUUCAACCGCUGCAGAGGAGAAAGGACAGGGUUGUGCGGGUGUGGAGACUAAUGGCACUAAGCCUGGUGAUCUCAGCCCUAACAGUUUUAGUGACGGGAGCCAGAGGUCAUCAGAUACACUGUCCAGGUCUGACAUCCCCAUGCCACCACAGGUCUCACAUCUGUAUUCUGUCCUGGUUAACUCUGAGGAUAUCGCCAGACAUUAUGUGUCCUCUGUCUCCCAAUUACCUGCAUCCCCUUGUCACAUUCCCUUAGAUGACCCAGACACAGUACUAGAUACACAGAACUCUGAGGAAACUCAGAGAAACAGCCCGACAGAGGCUGAACCGGAAACAAGCAAACAGCAACAAGUUCAUAAAGUAGAAAGGAGUGUCUCGGGGGAAGAAAACUCCUCCAUUAGCAGUUCCUUUUCAGAGGUCAUCGCCAGUUCUGAUGGUCCCCCUGAGAACGGCUCCUCCUCCUCUCAGUCCUCUGAGUGUCCUGGGACUGCGAGAGAGAAAGGAGAAGACAUUACGGCGGUGGUGAAGACACUGUCGUGUCCUUUCACCAAGCCCAGUCAGCCGUUCUUCUCUGUGCUCAGCAAAGAUGGAUACACUGUUCUCCAAUGGCCUUCAGAGAUGCUGACCUUCACCAGGACAGAGCCCUGUCUCUCCUACAGCUGCAAUCCCCUCCAUUUUGACUUUAAGGCCUCGCAGCAGUCGCAGAGCAGGGCGAAGAGGUUUCAGAUACAGAAUGCGAGUCUGGACAAGUCGUGUCAGCAUAGUCUCCAGAGCUACCCCAACCACCAGAGGUACCACAGCCCCCAGAGCUACCCCAACCAACAGAGCCCGUGUAGUCCCUAUCAUAGACCAGCUAGCCCUUACCACAAUCACAGACCUCCAAGUUUCCAUCCGCAGCCCCCGUCUGACGGCAUGGAGAAACACCACUGUGUCGUUCAAAUCCAGACCCAUAGACACGUUCUCCAUCACCAUCAGCAACAACAGGUGUUCCCAGGAAAGAUGAACCCUGUCUUGCCUGGGUCUCCUGUCCCCAUGUCCCCCUCCUGUCCUCCCAUGCUCCACCCCGUCCACCUGUCUCCCAUGCCUAACGGGUCCAUCACCAUCCAACACACCAUCCUCCACCAUCAGCACCACCAGCACCACCAGCACCACCAUGCCUACCACCAUGCCGCCUUCCUGCCCCCUCAUCCCCAGCCCCCUCUCUUCCCCCAGGUCCUGCCAGUCCCAGUCAGCCGCCGGCCUAUGGGAGUGGAUAUAUGUCCCCCUGGACCGCCUCCCUUUCUUACCUCAACACCGCAUCUCUCUGUUGUGGCAACGCCCAGUUUACACCACCACCCAAUGGCAGUGACGUUCCACGCCAUGCCCCGCCCAACCAUGUUCCCUCCCUCGAUGCUUCAGUCACACCCACAUCCCACCGUCAUCCCACUGCAGCCCAUGUUUUAA